UUCAUUCUUGUUAUACACAAAUGUGUAAUUAAUUAACUCCAAUUAGUUAAUGCCUAUGUUUCACCCAUCUACUUUUCAUUACAUGCGCAUAAAGAAACGUAACACAGAGUUACGAACUCAGAAGGCUGAAGUCACAGGACAAUCCAAAGUGACUUGGUGGAAGAGGGACCGUGAUGGGCAGCGUGUGACCACCAGCAAACGGAGGAAAAGAGGUUCAUCUGCUGUUGGUACCGGUACUUCUCCAUGUGCUAGUUCCACCAUCACAACUUCAUGUACUAGCUACCAAGAUCCUGAUUUUAAUAUGCAGAGGCUUGAGGACCUUCUACGGGAUUCAGAGAGCAUUGAUGGGCAAGAUUUUGCUCAGCAGCCAUCUUUGUCCAGUUGGUGUCAAAGACAGAAAGGGGUCAAACAAUGUUGGCAACAGGCGAGGCCACAAAACCUUCACAACUUGUUGUCAGCUGAGAACAUUGUCUAGAUGAAGUGCAACCACUGUCACGUGGCAGAAGCCAUCAUCCGUUGCAGGGAAUGUUUGCCCUCAGAGUGGUUUUGUGCAGAGUGUGAUCAAUUGGUACAUAAAUGCCACACUCUGCACAGUAGGCAGACCACCAUGUAUGGCUUUUAUAAAUACAUUCCCCCAACAGAGUUUGUGAAACUCCAUGAUGAUAAGUACAUCAUCUGUGAACAAGAUUGUUUGCUGCCAACAGCCUUUCCUCAAAAUAUAUGCUCCUGUGACACUGGUGAUGUUGCAAUCUCUGUUGGUAGAUCCAUCAUACUGGUUUGCAUAAAUGGCCGUUAUAAUCUUCACGUUCCAGUGCUAACAUGCAAACAUUGCAAUAAGCAAUGGGCUCCAGAAGUCAGUGACUUUGUAAGGAGUGGUUACUGGCCCGCUACCAUGCAAGCACAGACACUUUUCCACCAAGAUCUGUUCCAUUCCUUUGAAGCUAUGAAGACAACAGCUCCAGGAAUGUCAGUGAAAGCCUUCACAGCAAUGUUGGACCAGAGAACAAAGCGGUUUGGAAGAACUGGCAAAGUGAAUGCAGAUGCUUUUCUGAGGAGCUUUCUGCAAUAUGUGUACUGCAACUCUGAAGAGGACCAACUUCUGGAAAAGGAGCCAUUUGUCUGUCCAGCCUGUAGUCCUGAAAUGGUUGCUGUUUCAGUGGAUGGCAACAGAAAACUCUACAGGUUCCAGAAAGCAAACCAGAGUGAAGAGCCAGGGUUCUUUGAUGGAGUGUUUUUAUCCCAAGACUCUGAGGUGUCCAGUUUUGUUGAGGAAGUCCGGGGGGGCUGUCAAGAGUAUGGCAGGAAGAGCAAUGUGUGGGGAAUCCCACUGGACAGCAGCAAGAGAGACAUCAAAGCAGGCCAUCAAGUUGGAUGAAGAAGGUGUAGAAAUUGCUGUGUGCAGGCAUGGAUUCCUCCUCAAAGGUCUGAAUAUGUAUAGAGGAGAAAUCUUUGCAUAUCCAAUGUUUCUCCAAAAAGAGUUCCAGAGUGCUGCAUUUUUGGCCAUGGAUGUGACCUGCCAUUAUGUGCCAUACCUGAAGAAGGUGUCAGAGGCCCUGACUCAUCUUCAAC